AUUGGAACACCCGAGUAUUGUGCACCAGAAAUAUUGCUCGGGCAACCAUACACAGCAAACUGUGAUUGGUACUCUCUGGGAUGUCUGCUGUACGAUAUGCUAACAGGGAAACCUCCAUACACUGGUGCCAACCACAAGGUGAUUGCCAACAAGAUUAAGAACGAUAAGCAGGGCCCUAAGAUCCCAUACUAUCUGAGUGAUGGUAUGAAAGAUGUGCUUGGAGCGCUAUUGAAGAGCGAUCCCAAGAAGAGAUGGGAUGUUGACAAGUACUGGAGUGAACCCA